AUGCUUGAGCCUUCUCAAGCAUCAAGCAAAUCUUCUGAUUCAAAGAACAAUCAUAUAAGAUGCCCUGUUUCUUCUAUAAAUAAGAAUUCCGGAGAUUUAAGCCCAAAAAAACUGGAUUCUUUUGAUCAAAAUCUACAAGGUUUAUCAAACAAAAGGGAAAUAUCAUCUAUUCCUAAGGCAAAUGGAAAAGAAGGAGAAUACUGGAUAUAUCCUUCAGAACGUAUGUUCUUUCAGGCGAUGCGGCGAAAAAACUGGAAUCCUCGGAUAAAUGAAAUGCAAUUUAUUGUUCCAAUCCAUAAUGCAGUAAAUGAACAGGUUUGGAGAGAAAUUUUAAGUUGGGAGAAAGGAUGGGGAAGCGAAAUGUGCGGUGGACCCAAAUUGGUAGAAUUUGAAGGAAAAUCAUCUAAAAUGAGUCCUAAAGCAAGAUGGUUAAAAUAUUUGGGAUAUAAACCACCUUUUGAUCGUCAUGAUUGGAAAAUUGAUCGAUGUGGUAAAGAGGUGACAUAUAUUAUAGAUUUUUAUUCUGGAAAAAAAGAGGGAGAUUUGUUAUCAUUUUAUCUUGACGUCCGGCCAAAACUGAGUAUAAAUGGUGCUUGGAUGAGAUUAAUUCGAGUAUUUGAGGAUUUUUUCCAGAAAAAAAAAGAUUUAUGA